CCCCAGAAAUUCAAAUUGUACUACGAUCCAUUCAUCUCUUCUCUUCACAACUGUAACCUCUGCAUUUGCGACUCAUUCCCGAUCAAUGAUCAGUACACAAACCUCAAAUAAUUAGUUGGGAUUCGCCAAUCCCAACUGUAUAAAAACAAUCCUGUUUACUACGUAUAUACGCAUAAACAUGAAGCCACAUCUACUUCCCGUAUCAAUCCCGAACGGCGCGCCGCCGUAUUCUCGGAUGAUCAAGGCUGCACCGGACACGGCGUCGUCUUUGGCGGCCUCCGCGGCAAUGCUGAUCGGAUCGGAACUUGAUUUGGGGGCGGCGGUGUCGAGGAUUUUGAUGCCGCCCGAGGAGGAGAAGAAGAAGGACGAGGGGAGUCCCCUGAUUCCGAGGACUUCCAGCUAUACGGAGGCGGCGACUUCCAAUUCCUAUCAGCACCAGAAGCGACGUCGCCGCGCCGCCAGUGAUAACUCCCUUUUGACUCUGGAAGGGGGCGGCGGCUGCCGCUCUCUCCGCCAGGUCGCCGGGAGAGAUGCCUCUGAUACUUAUCUGGUUACUCGCAUUGGAUUUCAGUUGCUGCGAUAUAUUGGAGUAGGCUUCAGAUUGAUCACCAGAUUUCUUGCCCUUGGCUGUUAUUCUUUCCUUCUAUUUCCUGGAUUUCUUCAAGUGGGAUAUUAUUACUUCGUCUCUGAUAGAGUACGUAGAGGUAUAGUUUAUGGCGAUCUUCGCAGAAAUAGGCUUGAUCUGUAUUUACCAAAAAAUGGUGAUGGACCAAAGCCAGUCAUUGCAUUUGUAACCGGUGGAGCCUGGAUUAUUGGCUAUAAAGCGUGGGGCUCUCUUCUAGGACAACAGUUAUCAGACAGAGAUAUUAUGGUUGCUUGCAUAGAUUACAGGAACUUUCCUCAGGCGACUAUUGGUGAUAUGGUUAAAGAUGCUGCUCAAGGUAUCUCAUUUAUAUGCAACAAUAUUGCUGAAUAUGGAGGGGACCCUAACAGAGUAUAUGUAAUGGGACAGUCAGCCGGUGCACACAUUGCUGCUUGUGCUCUACUAGAGCAGGCAAUCAAAGAGGCCCUUGGCGAAAAGACUUCAUGGAGCGUGUCUCAGAUCAAAGCUUAUUUCGGUUUAUCUGGAGGGUACAAUUUGUUGAACCUGGUAGAUCAUUUUCAUAAUCGAGGUUUGUACCGCUCAAUUUUCCUAAGCAUAAUGGAGGGAGAGGAAUCACUAAAAAAAUAUUCUCCAGAAGUAAUGGCUCAGGAUCCUAACAACAGAAAUGCUGUUUCUCUAUUACCUCCUACAAUCCUUUUCCAUGGAACUGCAGACUAUUCUAUCCCCUCCGUUUCCAGCACAAGCUUUGCUGAGACCCUCCGAGGCUUGGGAGUGCAAGCUGAGUCGAUCCUGUACGAAGGCAAGACGCACACAGAUGUGUUCCUUCAGGAUCCUAUGAGAGGUGGCAGAGAUGAUAUGUUUGAAGAUUUGGUGGCCAUGAUUCAUUCCGGAGACGCCGAAGCUUUGGCAAGGGAUACCACAGCACCUCCAAAGAGGCGGCUUGUACCCGAGUUCAUGCUGCGAUUAGCCCGCAAGGUCAGCCCAUUCUGAUUAUUAAUUUCACCAAAUUUAUUAGUCUGGAGUUGAACCUAUUGUAUGUUAGAAGCCUUGUAUAUAGAUAGACCUGUGUCUCUGAACUGUGAUGGACCAACGUUAGCAUAUUCUUGUGGCAUUUGUUGUUGAAAUACAGUGUAACAUUAUUGAUUAAGAAAAUCUAGGCAAUUUGUUGUUUGUUGUUU